AUGUCUUCAGAUAAUUUAUAUACAACGCAUAAUAUUCGUUAUUUACGAAUUUCAGAAAAACAAGUGCUACCUUUAAUAAUUUAUCUUCGUCAAGAAAAUCUUUUAUGGUUUAACGACAUAAUAUUUCAGGAAAUACUUUCAGCUUUACAAAGAAUAAUUCCAAAGAUAUUUUCGCGAAAAAAGAAAAAUGUUAGUAAUAAAUUACUUUCAGAUAUUUACCGCGGAUCAAAUUUCCAAUUCGCUUAUUAUAUUAAACCUACAGAAGUUAAACAUUCGAUAUUAAUAAAGGAUAAAACUUCGAUUUUUCCUUCAGAUAAAAUGAAUGCUUCUGUAUCGAAAUCGCAAAUGGAACAAGAAAAUAUCAAUUUAAAUCUUACAUAUCAAGGAUAUAAUAUCUUUAGAAAAUCUUUAGUGCUAAUAGUUGAACCACUUGACAAAAUCAUUGAAUUCGGGGAUAAUGUUCAAAUUGCUACAGCAAUGACGAUUGAUGAUUAUUUUGGUAGAGAUGAAGAAAGCGAAUUAUAA